AUGGCCUUCAUUCUCAGAAGAACUCUGCUUGGGAAAAGCGUGCACCAUGUUCUGAGCACAGCAGUAUUUGGGACGUCGAAGCUCUUCAUGCCAGAGUCAAGCGCUCUCCGAAUGCUCCAUGUUGGAGCCCGAGCCUCACUGACGAGGGUUUUCAGCACCAGGGACGUGGAACUUUUCGCUGAGCUAACAGGAGACACGAACCCGCUCCACCUUGACCCUGAAUUCGCCAAAAAGACCUCUUUUGAAGCUCCCAUUGUUCACGGCGUGCUGAUUAAUGGCCUCAUCUCAGCAGUUUUGGGGACCAAAAUGCCCGGCAGAGGCUGUGUGUUUCUCCACCAGGAAAUUCGCUUCCCGGCACCUUUGUUUGUCGGAGAGGAGGUGGUGGCUGAGGCAGAGCUGAAGAAGAUCAAAAUGUCAUUUGCUUUCAUUUCCGUUUCCUGUUCUGUCAGAGACAAAGUGGUGAUGGAGGGGGAGGUGAUGGUCAUGAUACCGCAGGGCAUGCAGGGGACUUAGUUAUUAUGAAACUUAAUAAACGUCUUUCAUUUCUUUG